AUGGAUCUUCACAAUAUCUACACGUCUUACAUUGCUCAGAUCAAUGCCGGCUGCGGCUCGGGCGCGUUGAAGAACUAUGUCAAUGACGGUAUAAUCCACAAUGACUCCAAGCCAAUGUCGGUAGACGAGUAUGCGCAGAUGAUUCUAGACAGCCAGGCUGCGUUUCCCGGUCUGUUUUUCGAGGUCGAGAGGCUGGUGACCGAAAGCGACAAAGGCGAGCCGGGCGAAAAGGGAGAUGGCAAUGUUGCAGCAAGGAUCAAGCUGUCCUACACAAGCAGCCAAGUUCACUCCCAACAAGGAGAUGAAGCAACUUCCUCCCAAUCGCCAAAGGAAUUCUUCUACGAGCACGUCUUUUACCGGCUAGAGGGAGGCAAGAUUUCGCAAGUCUGGAGUCUGCUGGACGGCGCAGGACAGAAGUGGAAUGAGGAACGGACGGCCAGAUGA